AAUUUGACUUUCAGUUGUCGUAGUGAAUUUAAAAAGUUCGUUAUGAGUUUUAGGCGCUAUUGUCCAAUGUUUAUACAUUUUGCAGAAGAUAACCGUGAGUCGAAUUUAGCGUUGAAGGAAUAAAGAGAAACAGUAUUGUUUACUGAGGAUUGAAGAGGAACCUUUUUCAUUAUCAACAAUAUUGUGAUCACAAAUACAAUUUGUAUAUGCAUAUAAUGUAAUUUAAUAUUUCAGUUUUGAUAAUCCUACUAUGAAUAGUGUGCUGUCAGUUUUUUUUUUGGUGUUACUGAAGGAAGCCUUUUAUGAAAAAAAAAAUUAAUUUAGAUUUUUUAUUUACUUAGAUGUCUUAUAAUUGUUUUCUAAGAAUGCAAUGUUAUUUACCGUUUGGAUAUGUGAUUAGGUUUACGUAUUACAAAUGUAUAGUAAGGGGUUGUUUGGUUAAGGUUAACGACAAAUUUUGUGGUUACGGGUUUUCUGAAAUUUUUCAUUAUUUUUUUUAGGUAUUACCUGUGUCGAGGUAUUUUGUGUUGUGACACCAAGUUUGUUACAUUUCAUUUUAUUAAGAGGUUAAUUAUGUGAAGUGUAAUUACGUCAGUAAAUAAUUAGUGUCGUGUUAAUUAUAGCUGUAUCCUAACAUAGGAAUGCAUCUAUAGCAUACACAUCCCUUAUUCCUGUAGCAAAUGCAGACACAAUGUCAAGGAUGCAUUUCUAAUGGAUGGUUAUUAUUCGAAUACUUAGACUGUUAUGGUACAAUAGCAAUGUCCUAAACUGUGUCCGAAGAACACUCGUCGCUGAUUGGUCCACGUGACCCUCUGACGUCAUGCGUCAAGUGGACAGAGGUCCGAACCUACCUGGUCCGAAGACAUUCGUCAAUUUUAACUUUUUGAUUCAAUUGCAUCAACCAUGCCUAUUAUCACACAAAUGUUUCCAUACAUAAUACCUCAAGAAAUUCAAGCGGAAAUUGAUAAACAAACACAUUUGUAUGAGGGAAUACAUAACUGGCUUGAAAAUGUUAAGCAAUCAGUUUUAAGAGGAGAAGAUGACUAUCAGGUAUUUCGAGCCCCCAAAACACCCGCCUAUAGAAAAAGAAAAGGCCGCCGAAUAGAGACCAUUGUGGAAGAAAACGGUGAUCAUGAGGACACCUUUGACGUAAGCAGUUCUAGCACACGAUCGUCAUUUUCCAAUUCGAGCUCAACUGUUUCAUGUCCGAGGAUCCGCAGAACUGCAGCCGUGAAAGCAAGUAUUCAGUUGAAAACACAAGUAAAUCCUAGUCUGAAUUCUAAAAUUAGGCAGCCAGUUCCAGAAGUUAAUUUUGAUAUUCAAAGCAAUGUGGUGACACCUUCUACUGUCCAGUUUACAUCAUAUGAUAGACCUCCUAUUAAGAAAAUGUGUUUAGAAAGACAAAGCACUCACACGGGUGCUGAAGUAUUAGAGAAUGAUGCAGUCGUGGCCAUAGACAGUGUAAAAACUGUGUUCAAUGACAGUGAUGAUAUUGUGCUGUCUCUUCUUAAGAAAAAUAGUCAAGUAAAAGAGCUGGUUCCAGGGAGUAAUGAUACUGGAGAUAGAGAUACAAGCAUGAAGUCGACACGAACGAGGCGUGGCAAUUCUAAAGCACGGGGAAAAAGGAUUAAAGAGAACAACGUACUUUCUGAAGAAAUCUUGGAGAGACCAAAGACAUCUGUAAAUAAACAGGAAUUGUCUGUAGAUAAACAGGAACCGGAUGUAUGUACAGAUAAUGUGGUGGAAGGUUCAUUGUGUGGGGAUACAGCAGUUAAAAGAACACGCAAAGAUACAGUGAGUAUGGUGCUUGACAAUAUGUCUCGGUUAACGAACGAUCCUAAGUUCAAAAUGAAAGCAGUUGUCUCAUUAUCCCACGUAAGUGUACCAGCCUUGGCCCAGAAGGUCGUCGUGAGUACUGACAAAAAUGUUAUUCCUGCUGAAGAAGAUGAUUCAGAGAACAAGAUGAAGCAAGACACUGCUGUGGCAGAUGUAGAUGUUCUUAAGACAGAGCAGAGUGCUGCAGUGAUUACCAGGCAUGAUGUUGUAGGGCAAGACCUGGCUGCAGAAAGCCAGAAUGGAGCGACUGUGUGUGAUCCUGACACAAUGGAAUGUGAAGUUGUAGUUGCCGACCAAGAUGUUGCUGUGGCCAAGCGAACAUCUCUCUCUGCUGAUCAUGAAUGUAAUGUUGAGGUAAAGGAAAAACCAAGACAAAACAGUGGUAGGCGAACACAUUCUUGUGAAAAUGCCAAAAAUGUGGAAAAACCUACUUUUGAAUCUGGAACUGAAAUUGUAACUGAUGAAAGUAAUGUUCAGGUAAAGGAAAAACAAAGACAAAAUAGUAAUAGGCGAACACGUUCUUGGGAAAAUGCCAAAAAUGUGGUAAAACCUGUGUUUGAAUCUGGGACUGAAAUUGUAACAAGUCAGGAUUCCGGACUGACUACCCCAAAUACAGUGACUGAAAUUUCUAGUGACAUGCAGAGAGUUGAGUUGCAGGAAAACAGCCAUAUUGCAGAUAAGAAUGGCACCAGGCCAAAUGGCACAAAAACAGUGUUUUCUGCUGAUAAUCCAGAUGAAACAGCGAAAAGCGGGGGAGUUCGCAGAACUCUUAGGAGGAGUGUGGGUGCCCAAAAGACUGCAGAGUCACCGAGCGAGUCUGUGCUGAACAGCACUUACACGAGCUGCCGGGGAAAGGUGUCUCCUGUUGCGCUCGCAGACAUCUCCAACACCUUGAACUCGUCUGCCAACCUGAGAGACAACGUCCUAAAGGAUCCAAAGAAAACACAGCAGGUGUUGGGCUUGCCCUUGACUUCCACGCCGUGGUUCGCGGGCUCGCCCAGUUCCGGCAGCAGCCUGUCCUGGAACUGCAAGGUCGUGCUGAGCAGCCAGAAGCUCAGUAGCCCAGGCGACAAGCAGGAGAGACAUCACAAGUCACCUGUCUGCCGCUCUCCGGUUAUAUUCAAUCCAUAUGCCAAGGAAAGUGUGAAGAACAGAGUGGCCAAGUUUGAAAACUUGAACACCUUGAUGGAAGUGGUGGACGAGAACACAGACCCGUCUGACCAGCAGCCGUCGGCCCGAGUGACGAGGACGAAAACAAGAGCAAUGGCGGCGGCGGCGGCGGCUGCUGCAGCGAAGAACGCAGAGUCUGAUACCUCGUGUGACACUGCUCGCAAGUUGCAGAACCUCAGUUCGACUCAAAGUACUGCUAAGAAGUCGCUGAAGAAGGCUCUAAGGAUAUCUGCGGCGAAGUGCAAAAAAGGCCUUUUAACUCCUAAUACAAGUAGAGAUGAGGGAAGGUGGUUGAACGCGCUGACUUCCUCGAUGAAGAAGUACAACAUUGUGGUGGGCAUGAACACGUUCCUGCCCAAGAUGGCCAAGACCCCGUGUCUGGCAGAGCUGGAGAAGAGGAAGGAAGAGGACCAGAGGCGUCAGGAGGAGCGGGCAGAAGAGGCCCGUCGCAAGAAGAAGAACAUGCUCACCGCCAUGGCCCUGGAGAGGAAAAGGCGGAACGAGGAGAAGGUGCAGAAGGUGGCGGAGAAGCGGGAGGCCCAGUUGCGGGAGGAGCAGGAGCGCCGGCUGCGGCUGGAGCGGGAGAAGGAGGAGAAGCUGAGCCGCCUGCUGCAGUCCCGGGAGGAGAAGCAGCGCGAGGAGCUCACUGCGAGGCGGCUGCAGCUGCAGCAGAAGCUGCUGGACGUGGACAAGCGGCGGCAGCAGGAGGAGUCCGCGCGCCUGGCCCGACUCCUGGAGCAGGAGGAGCAGGAGGCUCGCAGGAAAGAGCAGCUGGAAAAGGAACGCAUUGCAGAAGAGAAGGCCGCUGCAAGGGAGCAGGCAAUGCUACUGAAGCAGAAGGUAAACUCUACUUUCACGAGCCAGCCUGGCCCUUCCAAGCUGAACAAGCAAGACUGUGUUAAAAUGGACCAGACAUUCAACCUUGAAGAGGUGACCAGCUACAAGAUUUCAGAUGUUGGGGCCAACAGUGAUGAUGAGCUCACCAUUAAGCACGCUGUGCCAAAGUGGGCCAAGUGCUACCGGCGACCCGAGAGCGUGUUCAGGGAGUUCCUGGCGUACGAGUACCUGCCCGUGGAGAAGGUGAAGCUGUACGGGGGGCUGGACUACCCGGACCUGACCUGCCUGCUGGGGCUGACGGCCCAGCAGGUGGCUCGCUGCCGCCGCAAGUCCAGCAUCUUCCCGGCCCGCCAGAGCGGCCGGCUGCAGCUGCAGCUGAGCUGACUGCGUACCCGCGUGACUGUCGCGUCCAGUUCUCACGUCUGAUGUAUUAUUUUUUAGUCUGUAAAUGCAGUGCUGUGGAAGUCUGAUGAGUGUUCUCCAUGACUGGUUAGUUAUCUGUUUGAAAUUAGUGUACAUGGUAUAAGUAGAGGCAAGAUUUUAUGGUCUUAUUUUUACGCUGAUUUCAUUUUUUAAACAAGAGAUUUCGGUGUUAUUGGUUUUAUCUUUUAUGAAAUCUGUUUAUAUGUGUAUGUGGCACUUAAAUAUUCCAUUGUACUAAUUUCUCCAUAACAAUGUAAUUUUGACUGAUACAUGUUGCCUUGUUUACAAUAUAAUGAUUUUGUAAUAAGCAUAUUUAAUUUUUUGGAACAAAUGAAAUAAAUAUCUUGAGUACAUAUUUUUUGUUUUUGAAUAACUAAUAACAGCUGUAGGAUUUAAAAGAAGUUAACUUUUUCUGUUUGUUCUUUUUCCUCCCCCAUAGAAUGUGAUAUAAACUUUAUGUAAUAUUUAAAAGAUUGCAUUUUUGUCGUUAGAAGGAAGUUUAUGAUUGAAAAUGCUUUUGGUUUCAAGAUUUUAAUUGCAUUUAUGUGUUUUGUGAUGUAAUAAUUUAAAUUUGGGGUUAUAUGGUGUGUGUAUUGACAUGCAGUUCAGUGUUAUUUCGAUGUUAUAGCAAUUUACCAUAUACCUAAUCUUGUCUCUAGAUAAAAGACAUGUAGGAUUUAAUUUUUAAUUUAUUUUUCAUGAACAUUGACCUUAAAAAUGAACCCUCUUACACAAUUGAUGAAACUGCUGGUGGCUGUAACUUUAUUAGGGAGUUGUGUAUAGUAGAUAAGUGUAAUAGAUAUGGGACCACAAAAGACUUCUUUAAAAUGUAAAACCUGGAACAAAGGUUAUUUCUUUAGUUUGUUUAUAAUGGACUUUCUUUAGAGAAAAAGUAAAUUUUUGACAGUCAUUUAAAGUGUGAAUUGAAAACAUUUUGUCAUUUGCAUAUACACUUUUAUCUAUUUUAUUAUUCAAGUUUGUUGUUCAGUGUGUUAAAAUAAUGUAUGAAUUUUUUUACCAUUAAAAUAUAAAUUCUUAACUUUA